AUGGGCAACAAGAAGCGGGAUUCCUUUGAUCUUCGCGACGACAAUGCCUCAGAGGUCUCCGAGAAUCGUUCCGGUGGUGUCGAGGCUGAAGUCUUUUCCCAGCCUGUCGGAUACAUACCAAAGUUCCCCGCUCCUCCGCGCUAUAUCAAGGUCAAGGCUCAAUACAGGAAACGAAAGGACUUCGACAGGUUGUUUUUGGCUCAGGUAUUGUUGGAUAAUCGCAAGUCCAAGAGUCGGAAGACCUCAAUAGACUCCAAGAUCCACAGCAUCAAUGACCCUCCGGCCGCUGCCCCCACUCCGCCGUCGAACUCGACGAGCUCCGCAAUAUGGGCGAUGGAAUUUUCAAAAGAUGGAAAAUACCUUGCUGCUGCAGGUCAGGACAGAAAGUUAAGAGUGUGGGAGGUCAUAUCCACCGUAGAGGGUCGUGAGACAGAGGAGAAGUUGGCCGAAACCAACGCCGAUGGGGAAAAGGUCAAGCUCAAUGCCCCGGUCUUUAAGAGCAGACUUGUUCGGGAAUACGACGGCCACACAUCCAGUAUCUUGGAUCUCAGUUGGAGCAAAAAUAGCUUCUUACUCUCUUCGUCCAUGGACAAGACCGUCAGACUGUACCAUGUCUCCCGGACGGAAUGUUUAUGUGCGUUUCAGCAUAACGACUUUGUGACGUCCAUUCAAUUUCAUCCAAGGGAUGAUCGUUUCUUCCUGGCCGGCUCUCUGGACUCCAAGUUACGUCUAUGGAGUAUUCCCGACAAGAACGUGGCGUUUUGGGCACAGGUCCCCGACAUGGUGACUGCUGUGGCAUUCACGCCCGAUGGAGAAACAGCUCUUGCUGGUUGUUUGAGUGGUUUAUGCCUGCUUUACGACACAGAGGGUCUCAAAGCACAUUCACAGAUUCACGUCCGCUCUGCACGCGGCAAGAACGCCAAAGGAAGCAAAAUCACAGGUAUCGACACCAUAUCCUUACCUCGGGAGAAUGCACCACCAGAUGUUAAACUUUUGAUUACCAGCAACGACUCCCGAGUGCGAAUGUACAAUCUGAAGGAUAGAACUCUCGAAGUCAAGUUUCGCGGAAACGAAAAUUCUUGCAGUCAGAUCCAUGCCUCGUUCAGCGACGAUGGCAAAUAUGUAAUAUGUGGAAGUGAGGAUCGGAAAGUGUAUAUAUGGCCUACUUCCGUCAAUGAGAGGCCUGAAAAUGACAAGCGACCAAUGGAAGUAUUUGAAGCUCACUCUGCAAUUGUGACCACGGCGAUUCUGGCCCCUGAAAAAACGAGACGCUUGCUUGCACACUCCGGAGAUCCUCUGUACGACCUGUGCAAUCCGCCUCCGGUGACUCUGAUCAGCCGUGCGGACUCGGUCAUUUCUUCCCACGCCCCAACGAAUAACAGCAAUUAUUCAGAAGAGAGACACCCGAAGCAGGAAACGAGAAUAUCCGAAUCUCCCAGACGCGCCCCUGAAUCACCGGCUUACCUGGGCCGACAUUCCCAUCCAGGAGGCCAAAUUAUCGUUACUGCAGACUACACUGGCCAGAUAAAAGCGUUUCGGCAAGAUUGUGCGUAUCAGAAACGACGACAGGAAUCAUGGGACUCGGGUUCGUCAUUCUCCAAGAAGAUGUUGGCCCGAAGCGGAUCUGUGGCGACGCGAACUUCUGGAACUUCCUCUUCCCAUCGGAACUCCUUCGCCAUGGGAUCCAAGAACCAGUCAACGGAUCGAAUUUUGAACUGGAGAAACUCUGUGAGUGCCACGGAUGCUGCUGGAAACAACGCAUCCACCAGUAUGCUGGAAAUUCGUGGCUCUCUACACAACGAUCGGUCACGUAGCGCGUCACCAAGAAAGCUACUUUCCAAUCGCCUCUCAAUUCGCAAGUCGUCUCCGCCGCACAGGGACAGCCUCAUGUCCCCUUCCACUCCCGAAUAUCAUUCCCCCCUACAACAAAUCCAAAAUAGACCCUCAAUAUCAAUCCAGUCGCCCUUGGCUGAAUCACCGAAAAGCUUCCAUUCAGCCUCGCAGGAUAAAUCUCCAGAUCGUGAGAAGCUCCCUGCCUCAUCGAGCCUGAGACCAAUCUCUUCCAAUCCCACGGCGGAAGAUCUCCCUCACAACCCGAACGACCCACUUCUCUUAAUAGACCAGGAAUCCUAUUUGGCAUGGGAUAUGAGAAAUACAUUGAUGCCCAUGGCCAAAUACCCCCCUCGGACGCCCGGCCUGUUAGGACCUGAUGGAAAUCCUCUCUCACGGGCAGGCAGCUACGUGAGCCAACUUUCUAGCGAACUCACUGGUUCAGAACAAGAUCCCAAUUCUGUGAAUGCCAGCGUUCACGAUAUGGAUGGCGAUGAUGAGCGAGCUGCGGAUAAGAGACGCAAGUCUCGACCCCGAAGGCCGAGCAGCGCCGGCAGCGAGAAUGAUUUGCGAUGUAGAAAGUGUGGAAGCAAGACGUUUAGGGCGACGAUGACAGACAGGGGCCAAAAUUUUCGGUGUAAAAGUUGUGGGACUGUUGUAUGA